GUCUCCCCCCCGCGCCCCGGAGUCCGGCUUCGUCACUUGGUCGCGGGGACCUUCCCUCUGGCCCCAAGAAUCCUCCCCCUGCAACCCAACAAGAGAAAACCCCCCUCGUCUCGCCCAGUCACCGGGGAGGGGGGACCAUGUCCCAGCGGGUGAGGCGCAAUGGGUCCCCCACGCCGGCCGGUGCCCUCGGGAGUGGUGCAGUCGCCACGGCUGGGGGACCCGGGAGCCGCCUGCAACCCAUGAGGGCGACGGUUCCAUUCCAACUGAAGCAGCAGCAGCAACAUGGCAGCCCCACGCGGAGCAACGGCGGCGGCGGCGGCAACAACAACGGCGGCUGCUGCGGUGGCGCCUCAGGCUCCUCAGGCGGCGGCGGCGGCGGGGGCCCGCGCACCGCCUCCCGCAGCACGAGCCCCACGCGCGGCAGCGGGAGCGCGGCCGCGCGCACCAGCCCCACGGUGGCCACGCAGACGGGCGCGUCCGCGACGUCCACGCGGGGCACCAGUCCCACGCGCGGCGCCGCGCCUGGGGCUCGUGGAAGCCCCCCAAGACCGCAGCCCCCGCCCCCGCCUCCGCUGCUGGGUACCGUGUCGUCGCCUAGCUCGUCGCCCACCCACCUGUGGACGGGCGAGGUGAGCGCGGCUCCACCCCCAACCCGCGUCCGGCACCGGAGGAGGUCCCCGGAGCAGAGCCGCCCCUCCCCGGAGAAGAGGAGCCCGAGCGCCCCGGUUUGCAAAGCGGGUGACAAAACGCGACCUCCUUCCUCAAGCCCCUCCAGUAUUAUCCGUCGCACUUCUUCCCUGGAUACACUUGCAGCUCCAUACCUAGCUGGGCACUGGCCUCGUGACAGUCAUGGGCAAGCUGCACCUUGCAUGAGGGACAAAGCUACACAGACAGAGAGUGCAUGGGCUGAAGAGUACUCUGAAAAGAAGAAAGGAUCUCACAAACGCUCAGCAUCCUGGGGCAGUACGGAUCAACUUAAGGAGAUUGCAAAAUUACGCCAGCAGUUGCAGAGAAGUAAACACAGCAGUCGGCAUCAUCGAGAUAAAGAAAGACAGUCUCCAUUCCAUGGCAACCAUGCAGCUAUUAACCAGAGUCAGGCUCCUGUUCCAAAGAGUGCCCUUAUUCCAGUAAUUCCUAUCACCAAAUCAACAGGUUCCCGGUUCCGGAAUAGUGUGGAAGGACUGAAUCAGGAGAUUGAAAUAAUAAUUAAAGAGACUGGGGAAAAGGAAGAGCAACUUAUACCACAAGAUAUUCCAGAUGGACAUCGUGCACCUCCCCCCCUGGCACAGAGAAGUAGCAGCACACGUAGCAUCGACACACAGACCCCUGGUGGGGCAGACAGGGGAAGCAACAACAGCAGCCGUUCUCAGUCUGUGUCCCCCACCUCAUUCCUUACUAUCUCUAACGAAGGCAGCGAGGAGAGUCCUUGUUCAGCUGAUGACCUGCUUGUCGAUCCCAGAGAUAAAGAGAAUGGGAACAACUCUCCUUUGCCCAAAUACGCAACCUCACCAAAACCUAACAAUAGUUACAUGUUCAAAAGGGAACCUCCUGAGGGUUGUGAAAGGGUCAAAGUCUUUGAAGAAUGCUCACCAAAACAACUUCAUGAAAUUCCAGCCUUCUACUGUCCUGACAAAAACAAGGUGAAUUUCAUUCCUAAAAGCGGUUCUGCUUUCUGCCUCGUCAGCAUCCUCAAGCCACUCCUUCCCACACCAGAUCUUACCCUCAAGGGCUCUGGCCACAGCCUGACAGUCACCACUGGCAUGACAACCACUCUGCUUCAGCCCAUUGCUGUGGCCUCCCUGUCUACAAAUGCAGAGCAAGACCGAGUCUCCCGAGGAACCAGUACGGUCUUGCCAUCAGCCUCCCUUCUCCCACCCCCAGAACCAAUCGAGGAAGCCGAAGGAUAGGCCCCAAUGCUUCAUGGCCAUGGUUCUGGAAAAUGGAGAACCUCCUCAGAUCGCUUGACUAUGAUGGCAGCGUGGGCUCCCAGUUGGCUGUGACAUGCUCCAGCUUUCCAGUGAUAGUGAGGCUUCUGGAAGAGAGCAGCCCCUCUGACUGCUCUGCCCCACUCAAGAAGGCCAGCCCUCAGUGCUUAGCCUGCUUUUUCUUAAAGCACUGAAUGAAAUAAGAAAGUCUCAUUUGGAAGGACAAUAUCACAUUGUUUUUGUUUUCAAAUUAGACUUGUUUAAACACACACACACACACACA